UCAGUGCCGCUUGUUCUGACAGUGGCCGUAUCAGCUCCUGCUGCUCUUAAAGGCUCCAGGUGGUUAUGCCGCAUUCUGUGUCGCUGUGACCGGCACUUGCCGCGGCGGUCAUGGCGUGGACAACCGGAAACUCCAGACACCGAAAAACGGACUCAGUGACCUUCGAGGAUGUGGCUGUGAACUUCACCCAGGAGGAGUGGGCUUUACUGAAUCCUUCGCAGAAGAAACUUUACAGAGAUGUGAUGCAGGAAACCUUGAGGAACCUGGCCUCAAUAGGAAAAAAAUGGGACAAUCAUAACAUUGAAGAUUGGUACAAAACCCAAGGGAGAAGACUAAGAAGUCAUAUGGUAGAAAAACUCUGUGAAAGCAAAGAAGGUAAUCAAGAUAGAGAAACUGUCAGCCAGAUUCCAAGUCUUAAUCUGAACCAGGAAACUCUUUCUGGAGUAAAACCAUGUGAAUGUAAUGUGUGUGGGAAAGUCUUCAUGCGUCAUUCAUUCCUUAAUAGACACAUCAGAUCUCACAGUGGACACAAACCAUAUGAGUAUCAUGAAGAUGAGGAGAAGCCAUAUAAAUGCAAGGAAUGUGGGAAAGCCUUCAGUUACCGCAAAUCUGUUCACAGACAUGAAAGGACUCACACUGGAGAGAAACCCUAUGAAUGUAAGGAAUGUGGUAAAGCCUUCACAUGGCUCACAACCUUUCGAAGACACAUGAUAACACACACUGGAGAAGGACCCUAUAAAUGUAAGGAAUGUGGAAAAGCCUUUAGUUGUUCCACUUCAUUUCGAGCACAUGAAAGAACUCACACAGGAGAGAAACCCUUCGUAUGUAAACAGUGUGGUAAAUCCCUCAGGUCUCCUCUAGGUUUGCGAAUACAUGAAAGAAGUCACACUGGAGAAAAACCCUAUGAAUGUAAGCAGUGUGGUAAAGCCCUCAGUUGUCCCAGUUCCUUUCGAAGACAUGAAAGGAUUCACACUGCAGAGAAACAAUAUGAAUGUAAACAAUGUGAGAAAACCUUCAGUUCUCCUCUAGGUUUGCAAAUACAUGAAAGAAUUCACACUGGAGAGAAACCCUAUGAAUGUAAGGAAUGUGGUAAAGCCUUCAUAUCUCUUUCAAGCAUUCGUACACACAUGAUAACACACACUGGAGAUGGACCUUAUAAAUGUAAGGAAUGUGGGAAAGCCUUCAUUUGUCCCAGUUCGUUUCGAUCACAUGAAAGGACUCACACUGGAGAAAAACCAUAUGAAUGUAAACAGUGUGGUAAAACUUUCAGUUGGCCCAGUUCCUUUCGAAUACAUGAAAGAACUCACACUGGAGAGAAACCCUAUGAAUGUGCAGAAUGUGGGAAAACCUUCAUUUAUCGCACAACCUUUCAAGGACAUGUGAGAAAGCACACUGGAGAGAAACCCUAUAAAUGUAAAGAAUGUGGGAAAGCCUUCAUUUCUCCCUCAAGUGUUCGAACACACAUGAUAAUGCACACUGGAGAUGGACCUUAUAAGUGUAAGGAAUGUGGAAAAGCAUUCAAUUUUCCCAGUUCAUUUCGAAUACAUCAAAGAACUCACACAGGAGAGAAACCCUACGAAUGUAAGCAAUGUGGCAGAGCCUUCAGUUGUUACACAUCCUUUCGAACACAUGAAAAAACUCACACUGGAGAGAAACCUUAUGAAUGUACAGAAUGUGGGAAAGCCUUCAUUUAUCGCACUACCUUUCGAGGGCACAUGAGAAUACACACUGGUGAGAAACCCUACAAAUGUAGAGAAUGUGGGAAAGCCUUCAGUCGACCCAAUUCCUUUCGAAGGCAUGAAAGAUCUCAUACUAUAGAAACCUCUCUUGAAUGUAAGCAAUGUGGGGAAGACAUCAGUUGGCCUUCAUUCUUACAUGUGAAAACUCCCACUGGAAAGAAACCCUGUAUGUGUAAGAAAUCUGAGAAAGCCUGAUACAACUUAAUCCAUGUAUAAUGUUCCAGAAAAAAAUGACAUGAAAGAAUAAUUUUUAGAGUUAUAUUGUCUUUAUCAGUGCCUCAUUCUUAAAGGGGACCUCUCGACUGGAUAUUUACUACUUACACGUUCAAAAAUGAACACUGAAGUGAGAGAAUUCUGUAAGUACUCUGUAAGCAAUACUACAUAAUGAUUAACAGGUAUUGUUUUGUCCUUAAAUCAAUUAACAUUUUUCUCUUUUCAUUUUGAAGCCUGUUUGUUCCAUGGUUGAAUUGACAUGUAUUUCUAAUAUGCAGGUUGGUUUAAUUUUUAUGUUUUGAUUGUUUUGUGUGGGGCUAUUGAUAAAUGACAUUUUGGUAUUUGUUGGGAUUUUCUUACUGGCCUCCUGUAGUGCCAGGUAUUGGAUAUUCCUUACCCAUAUAUAGUCCAUCCUUCUUAUGAGAAAAUCUACUCUUGUUUUGGCUAGAAGAGCCUUAUUUCAUUUUCCUUGCUAGUAAAAGAUGGCAUAAAUUUGUAAAUAUCAUAGUGUAUAUAGUCUCAUGUGAAUUUCUAUGUUUUGCCCUUUGCUCUUCCAGCUAGGAUUUGAAUAAUAAAGAGUUUGCAUUAACACAUUAUUGACCAGGGGAUUUUUGCAGAAACUAACACCUGUGGCCGGCAAUUUGUUACAUAAAUGAAUAUUGAAACAUCCACGUUUGAGUAAAUAUCAACAACUUUUUUUGCACUUAAUGUAUUUAUUUGAAACUUUGUACAUGUCUUACUAAAGCAUUCUAAUAUUUCUUUAGAGUGUCAUAGGUGUAUAGCAACACCUCUGUGCAGGGGAACAGAACGUCUAUUACAAACAUACUGUGUUUCACUGCACUUUCCCCUAGAAGAGCAGGCUUUCUGGCGGCAUUUUUUUUGGUCCUAUGGGUAUUAUUUCCUCUAGAAUAUGUUCUUUUAUUUUACUUGAUAGUCAACAAGGUGGAUCUUAGCGGGGUACUCUUUCAGUCUGUAUGUGUCCCUAGAUCUGAAGUGGGUCUCUUGUAGACAGCAUAUAUAUGGGUCGUUUUUGUAUCUAUUCAGCCAAUCUAUGCCAUUCGAUUGGAGUAUUUAAUCCAUUUACAUUUAAGGUUAAUUAUCAGUAUGUAUGUCCUUAUUGCCAUUUUGUUAAAUGUUUUGGAUUUGUUUUUGUAGGUCUUUUUUCUUCCUUCCCUCUUUUAUUCUCUUCUCUUGUGAUUUGAUGACUAUCAUUAGUGUUGUGUUUGGAUUCUAUUUUCUUUCUUGUUUGUAUAUCUAUUAUAGAUUUUGAGGUUUUGAUAUAGUAGUCUAUGUAUAUAUAUAUAUAUAUAUAUACACACACACACAUAUCUAUAGUGCCAUAUAUAUGUAUGUAGCAUGUAUAUAUAUGUGUAUAUGUAUACAUAUAUAUGUUUUAAGUUGCUGAUCUCAAUUUCAAAUGCAUUUCAAAUAUCCUGCAUUUGUACUCUCCUCCUCUCAUGAUUACUGGUUUAGAUUUCAUAUUUGUGUGUGGAUGACUUCCUACUUUUAUUCUAUGUUUGCCUUUACUGGAGAGCUUUCCCAUUUCAUAAUUUCCUUGUUUCUAGUUAUGGCCUUUUCCUUUCCUCUUAGAGAAGUUCCUUUAGCAUUUGUUGUAAAACUGAUUUGGUGUUACUGAAUUCUUUAGCUUUUGCUUGUCUCUAAAACUUUUGAUUUCUCUGUCAAAUCUGAAUGAGAGCCUUGCUGGGUAGAGUAUUCUUGGUUGUAGAUUCUUCCCUUUCAUCACUUUAAAUAUAUCAUGCCACUCCUUUCUGUCCUGCAGAGUUUCUGCUGAAAAAUCAGCUGAUAAUUUUAUGGGAAUACUCUUGUAUGUCAUUUGUUGCUUUUCUCUUGUUGCUUUUAAUAUUUUCACUUUAUUUUUACUUUUUGUCAAUUUGAUUGCUAUGUGUCUCAGCAUGUUCCUCCCUGGGUUAAUCCUGUAUGGGACUCUCUGUGCUUCCUGAACUUGGGUGACUGUUUCCUUACCUGUGUUACGGAAGUUUUCAGCUAUUAUCUCUUCAAGUAUUUUCUCAGACCCUAUCUGUCUCUCUUCUCCUUCUGGGACCACUAUAAUGUGAAUGUUGGUGUUUAACAUUGUCUCAGAAGUCUCUUAAACUGUCCUCAUUUCUUUGCAUUCUUUUUUCUUUAUUCUGUUCCAUGGCAGUGAUUUCCACCACUCUGUCUUCCAGCUCACUUAUCUGUCCUUCUGCCUCAUUAAUUCUGCUGUCGAUUCCUUCUAGUGUAUUUUUCGUUUCAGUUCUUAUAUUCUUCAACUCUGAUUGUUCUUUAUGUUUUCUCUUUGUUGAAAACUUCUUGUAACUUGUCACUCUGUGCAUCCAUUCUUCUCCCAAGUUCUUGGAUCAUCUUUACGAUCAUUACUCUGACACUUUCUCAGGUAGAUUGCUUAUCUACAUGUCACUUCGUUUUUCUUCAGGGUUUUAUCUUGUUCCUUUGUUUGGAACACAUUCCUGUGCUCUCUCAUUUUGUCUAAAUUUCUACUUGUAUGUUUAUGUAUGUGGAAGGUUAGUUAUGCUUCUCAACCUUGGAGAAGUGGUCCUCUGUAGGGGAUGUCAUAUAUAUCCAGCAGUACACUACCUUCUCAUCACCCAAGGUCCAGGGACCAUCUGGUCCCAAGAUUGGUUCUGAACUGUUUGUGAACUCAGUUCCACAGGCUGCAGGACUAUAGUUUUCUUGCUUCUUGUAUCUGUCCCCCAAUGAGUGAGGCUGGUCUAGAGGCUUGUGCAGGCUUCCUGGUGGAAGUGGCUGGUGCCUGUCCACUGAUAGUUGGAGCUGGUUCUUGACCACCUGGUGGAUAGGGCCAUGUCAAGCAGCAUGUCUAGAGGUGGCUGUGGGCUUAGGAAGUCUUUAGGCAGCCUGUCUGCUGAUGGGUGGGGUUGUGUUUGCACCCUUUUUUUGUUUGGCCUAAGGCAUUCCAACACUGGAGCCUACAGACUGUUGGAGGGGCCAGGUCUUGGUGCCAAGUACCAAAGAUGUCUGCCUCCAGCCAGAAUUCACAUAGAUGAAUGCUCCCUGCUAUGUCUACCACCAGCUUCUAUGACCCCAGAGAGAGCCACAGCUGGCCCCUAUCUCCCCAGGAGACCCUCCAAUACCAACUAGGUCUGGUCCAGGCUCCUAUGAAGUCACUGCUUUUGCCCUGGGUCCUUGUGCAUGCAAGACCUUGUGUGUGCCCUUCAAGAGUGGAGUCCUGUGGAGCUUCAGCCAUCAAGACCCACUGGCCUUCAAAAGCUAAAUGCUCUGGGUGCUCCUCCUCCCAUUGCCAGACACUCAGGCCGGGAGCCUGACAUGGAGCUCAGAACCCUCACUCCUAUAGGAGAACUUCUGCAAUAUAAUUAUUCUCCAGUUUGUUGGUUGCACACUUGUGGGGUUUGGGACUUGAUUAUAUUGCAAGUGUGCCCCUCCUACCAUCUCACUGUGGUUUCUUCUUUGUCUUUGGAUGUAGAAUAUCUUUUUGGUAGGCUCUGGUCUUUUUUAUUGAUGGUUGUUCCACCACUAGUUGUGAUUUUGGUGUUCUCGUGAGAGGAGGUGAGCUCAAGGUUCCUCUACUCCACCAUCUUGUCUUGACCACCAUUUAAAUCUUCAAUCUUCCACCCCAAGUGUUUCCAUCUUCUUUUUCUUGUCCUGUCAGGAAUACCUAGCCUCUUAAUAGUUCUAUAAACAUAUAGAAUAUUUGUAACAUGUUGAUAAUUAAACCAGAAUUGGGAUGUACAUGCCAAAA